AACGCUUAUACUGCAAGACAGGAGAAGAAGAAAAGUUGUAGCUUCAUCGAUCAGUCCCCAACGAACAUUAGAGAGGAAGCAACAGUGAAGGGGGAGAAGAGCUAAUCUGCAUCUAAACAAGGUUCUGGUUGGUUUAAGGCUGCAGAGCACUCGCAUCCUUCAGCAACAUGGGGGAACUCUUCCGAAGUGAAGAGAUGACACUGGCUCAGCUCUUCCUCCAGUCAGAAGCUGCAUACUGCUGUGUCAGUGAACUGGGAGAAAUUGGGUUGGUGCAGUUUCGUGAUCUAAAUCCAGAUGUAAAUUUGUUCCAGCGAAAAUAUGUCAAUGAAGUGCGGCGAUGUGAAGAGAUGGAUCGCAAACUGAGAUUUGUAGAAAAAGAAAUAAAACAAGUGAACAUCCCAAUAGUUGACACAGGAGAGAACCCUGAAGUCCCCUUCCCAAGGGACAUGAUUGACCUGGAGGCCACAUUUGAGAAGCUUGAGAUCGAGCUGAAGGAAAUCAACACCAACCAGGAAGCCCUAAAAAAGAACUUCCUGGAACUGACUGAGCUCAAGCACAUUCUGCGCCGCACUCAGCAGUUUUUUGAUGAGGUCAGCUUCACUAUGGAGGACCCCAGUUUACUGGAGGAGUCAUCCAUCCUCCUGGAACCACAUGAGAUUAACAGAGGGGCAGCUCUGAGGCUGGGAUUUGUGGCUGGAGUCAUUGGCAGGGAACGUAUUCCUAAUUUCGAGAGGAUGCUGUGGAGAGUUUGCAGAGGAAAUGUCUUCCUGAGGCAGGCAGAGAUUGAAGAUCCUCUGGAGGACCCGACCACGGGCAACCAGGUCCACAAGUCUGUCUUCAUCAUCUUUUUCCAAGGGGACCAGCUGAAGAAUAGAGUUAAGAAGAUCUGUGAGGGGUUCAGAGCUACCUUGUACCCAUGCCCGGAAACACCACAGGAGAGGAAAGAGAUGGUGGCAGGAGUGAAUGUACGCAUUGAUGAUCUUCAAAUGGUGCUGAAUCAGACCGAGGAUCACAGGCAGAGGGUCCUGCAGGCUGCAGCCAAGACAAUCCGUGUGUGGUUCAUCAAGGUUAGAAAGAUGAAGGCCAUCUAUCACACCCUCAACCUCUGCAACAUUGAUGUCACUCAGAAGUGUCUGAUCGCUGAGGCGUGGUGCCCUGUUGCUGACCUUGACUCAAUCCAGUUUGCUCUGCGCAGGGGGACGGAGAAGAGCGGCUCCACUGUGCCUUCCAUCCUCAAUACGAUGCAGACCAAGCAGACCCCACCUACCUAUAACAAAACAAACAAGUUCACCUCCGGCUUUCAAAACAUUGUGGACGCCUAUGGAAUAGGCAAUUACCGUGAGAUGAACCCAGCGCCAUACACUGUCAUCACCUUUCCCUUCCUAUUUGCGGUCAUGUUUGGUGACAUCGGCCAUGGGGUGCUCAUGGCCUUGGGUGCCCUGUUCCUUGUGGUGAGAGAGAGAAGGCUGAUGGCUCAGAAGACUGAUAAUGAGAUGUUCAGCAUGAUGUUUGCGGGGCGCUACAUCAUCCUGAUGAUGGGAAUCUUCUCCAUCUACACGGGCGCGAUUUACAACGACUGCUUCUCUAAGUCCCUCAACAUCUACGGCUCUAGCUGGAGUGUCAGGCCCAUGUUCAACCAUGAAGUAGGAGGCAACUGGACGGAAGAUAUACUUCGAGGCAACAGACUUUUGCAGUUGGAUCCAAAAGUAGUUGGAGUGUUUUCAGGGCCAUACCCCAUUGGCAUCGAUCCGAUAUGGAACUUUGCCUCCAACAAGCUGACGUUCUUGAACUCCUUCAAGAUGAAGAUGUCUGUUAUCCUUGGAGUCAUCCACAUGCUGUUUGGAGUCUCUCUCAGUCUCUUCAACCACCUGUAUUUCCACAAGCCACUGAAUAUCUACAUGGGAUUUAUCCCAGAGGUUAUUUUCUUGUCCAGUCUGUUUGGCUAUCUCAUUUUUAUGAUCUUCUACAAGUGGGUUCAAUAUGACGUAAACAUGUCCAAGGAUGCUCCCAGUAUCCUCAUCACCUUCAUCAAUAUGUUCCUUUUCAACUACAGCGACACCACUAACAAACCUCUCUACAAAGGGCAGAUGAUUUUACAAUCAUUGUUGGUGAUCCUCGCUUUGGCCUGUGUUCCCUGCAUGUUAAUAGUGAAACCUCUGAUUAUACGGAGGCAGUAUUUACGGCAGAAAAACCUGGCUGCAGAGGACUUUGGGGUCACGGUGAGCAAUGGGCCCACUGAUGAUGAGGCUGAAAUCAUCCGGCAUGACCAGCUGUCGCAGCACACGGAGGAAGAACCUGAGCGUUGCCUUUUGUCACCUGCUUUCAAGGCCCGUGAGGAGGAAGAGUUUGACUUUGCGGAUAUGGCAGUGCAUCAAGCGAUCCAUACCAUAGAGUACUGCCUUGGCUGUAUCUCCAACACCGCAUCCUAUCUGAGGCUUUGGGCCCUCAGUUUGGCUCAUGCACAGCUGUCAGAGGUGCUGUGGACCAUGGUGAUGCAUACUGGUCUAUCGAGCAGCAGCUAUGGGGGCUUCAUCGGCCUGGCCAUAGUCUUUUUCUUCUUCGCUAUUCUCACAGUUGCCAUUCUCCUCAUCAUGGAAGGCCUCUCAGCCUUCCUGCAUGCACUGCGACUGCACUGGGUGGAGUUCCAAAACAAGUUUUACGUAGGCCAGGGAUUCAAGUUUCUCCCGUUCAACUUCGAAGGCAUCCUGAAUGGGAGGCCUGAGGAGUGAGAUCUGACUACUCUUCUUCUAUUAAUGUCACAUGUCUUUGAGAAUCCAUGUGGUGUUGGACCGUGAUGUUGUCUUGUUUUUGUGUGUGAUUCCGUUUCCAACUUUCUGUGUGAGUACAGUUUCAUGUGUGACACACUGACUGCCGUUCCUUUUAAACUUCUCAUCAGUUUUGGAAUCGACAUAUAAAUCUGCAGCGUCUCCUCAGAAAUUACUAUUUAUUUAUUCAUUCCUGAGAAAAAUAGCAUUAACUCUAAUCUGUUGUCUUGACAAGCUCAUGUUGUUUUAUUGUUUUAGUUUGUUACUUAAGAUCUUUUUUCUUUAUGAAAUUUGCGUUUUUCCUGUUGCACUACUCAAAUGAUGCCAUCAUGUCUCGACUGAUGAGAAAAGUGACAGUUUCAUACGUUUCCAUGUUGUUGUAUUCAGACACCUGUUAUACUGCAAACUGACCUCCCACACGGAGCUAUAGGUCCAAAGGGAAUAGAGUUCAACUUGGAUUAAGACGUCAGUCAGUUCUUUGAAAAUGAAGAUGAAAUCACUGGUGGAUCCUGUGUUGUGCUUUGACAUUGCCAUAAAUGCCUUUUGUGUCAAGCGACAUGUUCUUUACAUGAGAGAAUAAAGAGGAAUCUGUAAAUGGGUGCCAGCAACCCUGUGUGCUAAAAUGAUUCAGCAGUGCAAGUCUUGCUGAUUGCUUUGUUCCUUAUGUUAAUUCAAUUGUAUGUAAAAGUUUAACAUGUUACCCUGACACCUCAGAAGGGAGUAACCAUCUGGAAUUCUGCUUCUCUUUGCCAAUAAAGUGGCCGGUGCUGGUUUAAGACAUGA